UCUUCAGAGAGAGAUAUGUCAACUGUAAGGAUACCUUCAGCACCACCUUCUGCCCGUGAUGACGCCACCCAACUCCACCGUGCUUUCAAAGGAAUAGGAUGUGAUGCUGGAGUGAUUGUCAAUAUUCUUGCGCAUAGGGAUGCAUCGCAACGAGAUGACAUCCUACAAGAAUUCGAAACCUUGUAUUCAUAUGACCUUAAGAAAGAGUUAUCUUCAGAGCUUCAUGGCCAUCUCAAGAAAGCGGUUUUGCUCUGGAUGCAAAAUCCACUGGAACGUGAUCUUACCACCCUGAAGCAGGCUCUAACGGGACAUAUUCCUGAACUUAAAAUUGCCACUGAAAUUAUAUGUUCUCGUACUUCUUCCCAGAUUCGACAAAUUAAACAGGCUUAUGCUUCCACUUAUGAUGUUAAUCUUGAACAUGAUAUUGAAGCUCACGCAUCUGGAAAUCAUAAACAGUUGAUGCUGGCAUAUUUAAGUACAACAAGGUAUGAGGGCCCCGAAAUCGACAGAGUUCUGGUAGAGAAUGACGCUAAAACAAUGCGUAAAUUCGGAGAGAGGAAAUUUGGAAUGGAUGAGAGAGUUUUGAUUCAGAUUUUCAGUGAGAGAAGCAGAACACAUUUGGUUGUUCUUGAUUCUGCUUACCAAAAAAUGUACGGAAGAGAACUGAGAAAGGCAAUAAAAAAAGAAACAUCCGGGCAUUUCAAGCAUGCCCUCUCAACAAUUUUGCAGUGCGCUCAUAAUCCUGCCAAGUAUUUUGCUACGGUUUUACGCAAGGCGAUGAAAGGUUUGGGAACGAAAGACACUACACUAAUCAGGGUAGUUGUUACAAGGGCUGAGGUUGAUAUGCAGCAAAUUAAGGAAGAAUACCAUAAGCUUUAUAAGAAGCAAUUAACUGAUGCUGUUCAUUCUGAGACAUUAGGCCAUUAUAGGACCUUUCUUCUUUCACUCCUGGGCUCUAAUUAACCAAUAGCCAUCGCAAUCUCCCAUGUGGGGUUGUGUAAUCCGUUUUGAAAUGUUGGUGGUCUUUGCAAUUAGUGUGAGGAAAUUGCAAAAUAAGGCAAGGGUAUGAUUUCAAAGCCUGGAGUUAGUAAGCAGAAACUGCUGCAAAAGACCAAAGAGUAUCUGAAAUAUACUAGAAUUUUCAUAUUGUUAUUCAAUUCUUUUAGUUCCUUAAUUCAGUAUGCUUGUCGGCUCGAUUUCAAGGAGAGAUUGGUUAUCUGUUUAGCAUAUUUGUAUAGGUAAGAUUGAAGAUAAUAGACCUGUAUAUGUAAUGUCUGCCAACUUCUUGAAAUGUCCAAUACACUGAUGUGUUGCUUGAUUGUAGCAAAUUGGCUUC